AUGAAGAACCUUGGCGAUGUACACUCUUUUCUCGAAAUCCAGAUAGACCGCACGGCUCACAACUAUUUCCUAUCUCAAAAAGCCUACGCAACGUCCAUACUUCACUUGGCUCAACUCUCUGAUUGUAAGCCUAUUGCAAAUCCAUCAUGCACUAAAGUACCGCCGAACAUACAACCUGAUGUCGUACUCUCGGAUUCUUCGUUAUACCGUCGGAUCACAGGCUCACUUCAAUACCUAACUCUCACUCGCCCGGACAUCUCCUACAGCGUCAAUUGCCUCUCCCAACAUAUGCAUCAACCUCUACCCGAGCAUACAUUCCUUCUCAAGAGACUACUUCGUUAUCUCAAAGGUACACUUGACUUUGGCAUUCCUAUAUCCAAGUCUAACUUAUCUCUCAAAUCCUUUUCAGAUGCUGACAGGGCAGGCGAUCCUAGCUCAAGGAAAUCAACAUCCGGUUACUGCUCUUAUCUCGGUGAUACUCUCAUAUCUUGGACAGUCAAGAAACAGACCACCGUGGCCCGUUCAUCUACCGAGUCGGAAUAUCGAUCCUUGGCUGCACUCAUCACUGACACCAUCUGGCUCCGCCGAAUUCUCUCCGACUUCGACAUUGCGCAAGAUCAGCCCACAGACGUUUUUUGUGACAAUACGUCGGCCAUAGCACUAGCGAACAACCCGGUGUUUCACGCAUGUACCAAACAAGAAAUUGAUCACCGCUUUGUUCGCGACCAUAUUCAGCAACGAAGUAUUCGUCUUUUGCCGAUUAGCACUAUUGAUCAGGUGGCUGACAUCUUCACCAAACCCUUGUCUACUCCUCAAUUUCAAGCUCUUCGAAACAAACUGAGUGUCAUGCAAAGACCCAUCAAUUUGCCGGGGGGUAUUAGAGUACAACAGACAAACAACUGA